AUGUGUAAAUGCGUUCCAGGAAUUGAACAAAUUAUUUUGAACUUCACAGAAGAUCCUCCACACCAGCAUCGAUCCUCCACACUUUCAUCUUGCCCAACUGCAGAGCUCCAAUUCCAGAGCUCCAGCUCCAGAGCUCCAGCUCCAGAGCUCCAGCUCCAGAGCUCAAGCUUCAGAUCUCCAGCUCCAGAGCUCCAGCUCCAGAGCUCCAACUCCAGAGCUCCAGCUCCAGAGCUCCAGCUCCAAAGCUCCAGCUCCAGAGCUCCAGAUCCAGAGCUCCAGCUUCAGAGCUCCAGCUCCAGAGCUCUAGCUCCAGAGCUCCCUUCUCGGGGCUCUUCUCUGGAGUCCCGAGAAGAGGAGAACUGUUUCUUCUCUCAACUUCCCUCUUCCUUUUACUCUCCCCGAGGUCAAUGGGCCAUCUAG